CGGGCCAUUAUUGCCUUCCAUCUGCUCCUGCAUUUUGCUCUAGCCGUCUCUGGUCCAGACAAACAAGCUGCCGGUGCAGCAGAGCCGUCCACAGCUUGGGAACCUCUCCAUCCCCUGCCUGAGACUACAGAUAUCUACAUCUUGAACUUCAACAUGUUUAACAAUACCGGUAGUUCCGAUCCGUGGAUGCUCACAGAGACAUCUGACAAAUUCAGAAGUUUGGUAUCCUGCUAUAAAUGGCAUCUCCAGAACAAUAAUGUGUCCCUCGCACAAGCCCAUGAAGCCUGCUCCAUGCACAAGGACCUUGUGAGGUUGGGAACAGAGACUGAUGUUGUCUUCUGGCUGAUGGGACUUCUCAUCAUCAUUGGAAAUGCUGUCGUGCUCCUGGGAAUCAUUGGAACAAGACAACUCCACAGUGACAAGCCCAUCUACAUCUACCUGGCAAAUCUGGCAGUCACAGAUGUGUUCGCAGGCAUCGGACUUCUGUACCGCACAGUCGGCCAUGUCCAACACAAUGUAACAUAUGACUUCAAGUUGACUUAUAUCAGCUUAAUCAUAUUUAGUCAGAUAACCUCAGCAUCAGCUCUAACCCUAAUGUCUAUUAAUGCCUAUGUUGCUAUGAUGUAUCCUGUAUACUUCCACAACCACGCUGGCAGUGCCAAACUGCGCGCAGCUGUAGGUCUGAGUAUUUCAUGGAUUGUUUGCACAGUGCUUGCCUUCUCACCCAAGAUGGGUUGGAACUGUCUCCACAUUCAGACCCUCACCUCCGGGAUCUGCAUAUCAUGGUACCCCCUGUCCUUUGUCAUCACGUCUACAUCCAUACUGCUCUUUCUGUGCGUCAGCAUGCUGUUCACAAAUAUCAGCGUGUAUGUAGCAAUCAGACGACGAGAGAGGAGAAGGCUUGAGCAGGCAGCUGCAGGGGGCCCCCAGGCACCAGGAGUAAAUCCUGCACAAGAGGAGGCUCAGAGAAAAUAUGAAGAAAGGGUGCACAAGGCAAGGACUGUGAUGAUUCAUGUAGUGGUGGCAUUUGUCUGCUGGCUGUUAGCCCUCCUGUUCUUUGCAGUCUGCAAAGUUCUCCCGGAUAGUUGCCCUAGGAAUGGAGUAUUUGCGGGGAUAUGUCUGAACUCAUUCAUUAACCCGAUAGCAACACUCAUCCGCAUGCCGGACUUAAGGACGGCAAUCUGGCAAAAACUGAUGAGCAUCUACCAGACACUUGUCACCGUGAUACGGGGAAACCGUGUGGACCCACAGGAAGACCAGGCUGGAGCAGGAAACAUCCCAACUCUACAGGAACGCCCUGCACAAGCAGAGGGACAAGACACACCACGUCUGGCUCCAGAUGAUCAGUCUGCAGUGGGAAACUGUCAGGAAGGCCCUUCAGAGGGACAAAACACACUGCAUCUGGCUCCAGAUCAACAGUCUGCCGUGAAAAACCGUCAAAUCCAUACAUACCGCAGGACGCCAGGACCCUACAAGCCUUCUAGAGGCAGAGAGGUAGUCCUGCCAACAAUUGUGGAAAUAGACUAAACUGUAUGAAGCUGACGAUUCAGAACCUUUUCACAAACACAAAAACAAACUUUGUGUGGAAGCAAAAUGCCAGAUGUCCACCCUGCAUCAGGAGCAAGAAUGGCAAGUACAUGUACAUUGUGAAUUUCAUGAUUUUACUGUGGCUGUGAUAACAAUGAGGACUGAUGUACAGUAACUGUCCUGUAAGUUAGCAGCUUGUGUAACACACAAAUUGUAUCCCAGUUGUGUUGUGCUGGAGGAGCUUAAAAAAAGCAGAUACUGUAUAAAAUUAUAUGUAGUGUACAUUGUAUAUUGUAGA